UCCGCCCAGGCACGCAAGGACAGGGAAGAUAUUCGAGACUGCAGCUAGCACAGUUGUUGUGGUGAUUUAAUGUUGCCCCUUUGGUGACUACUACGGAUGGCUGUGUGUGCCAGGCUCUGCGGAGUGGGUCAGUCGCGGAGGUGCAGGCGGCGACAGCGGCAUAAUCAGCAGGACCAGGGAAGCGACUCCGACAUGGACGAGGAGGAAGGGGUGCGGAUUGUGGGCAAGACACAAGCCGUCACCCGCGGUGGUGGCCCCGAAAACCCCUCCGCCGCGGCAGGGCCGAGUGUGGCCCAUGAAGCCACUGCUGAAUGUGGUCGUGCAAAUGUCAACAGACUUUCGAAUGGGCACAGUGCAAGUACCGGACCACCGAACCCGCAGUCCCUUUUGGAUCUGCCCCCAGAGCUUUUGGUGGAAAUAUUCUCCUCGCUGCUGGGCACAGAGCUUCCAAACCUGGCGCUCGUCUGCAAGACAUUCAGGCAAAUCCUCAACACGGAAACCAUCUGGAGAAGGCGAUGCACAGAGGAGUUUGGCAUGAGGGAAGACCUGCGCAAGAUAGAGGUGGUGGGUGUGUCCAGUCGGGAGCUCUAUGCCAAAUGUGUGAACCUUUUGGUGAAGUCUGGCCGCUUUAUGAAGCUCCUACAAGACUAUGAGCACAUGGACUACAGGGACGUGUACAGGCGCUUGCUGCACCCAUACAGACACAUCCUGGGUCUUUGGCAGCCUGACAUAGGCCCAUACGGAGGGCUGCUCAACGUGGUGGUUGACGGGCUGUUCAUCCUUGGCUGGAUGUACCUGCCCCCCCACGACCCUCGGGUCGAGGAUCCCAUGAGGCGGCGGCCACUCUUCCGCAUCCACAUGUGGGAGAGCAACAAGGCAGCAGUGGAGUGUAUGUACGGACACAAGGGCCCUCACAAGGGGGACGUCCAGACUGGGAAGAAGGACGAGUUCUCGACCAAGUGCAACCAGACAGACCAUCACCGCAUGCCAGGGGGGAGGCAGGAGGAGUUCCGGACGUGGCUGGAGGAGGAGUGGGGGAGGACACUGGAGGACAUCUUCCAUGAGCACAUGCAGGAGCUCAUACUCAUGAAGUUCAUCUACACAAGCCAAUACGAUAACUGCCUGACAUACCGGCGAAUCUACCUCCCUCCACGGCUGCCCUCUGACCUGCUGCAGCCGGGCCUGUUCAAAGGCACCUACGGCAGCCACGGCCUGGAGAUCAUCAUGCUCAGCUUCCAUGGACCCCACGCCAGGGCCACCAAGCUCACCGGGGACCCCAACGUCCCAGCAGGCCAGCUAACGCUCGAUGUGGACCUGAAUCGGCCUGUGCGCCUUCCGGACCUGGAGCACCAGCGCAGCGUGGAGGAGCUGUCUCGCCUGGUGCUGGGGGUCCAUGAGAAGGUGCGGCAGGAGGUGCAGAGCCCAGACGUGGCACCCCAGGGGGCUGCUGCUGCAGAGGGGGCUGUGGCUGGUGGUGGAGCAGAGGGUCUGGAGUUGGCAAUGGAAGCACAGUCAGAGAGCCCCCAGCCUGGGCCCAGUAGCAGCAGCAGCGCUCCCUCGGAGGCCCAGCCCUUCGUCCUGCCUCUGGGGGUCAUGGCCCGCAACGAGGUGUACCCGCGUACCUGCAAGAUAUGCUUCUACGGGACAGGCCUGAUUGCCGGCCACGGCUUCACGAGCCCGGAGCGCACGCCGGGCCUGUUUGUCCUGUUUGACGAGGACCGCUUCGGCUUCAUCUGGCUGGAGCUCAAGUCAUUCAGCCUAUACAGCCGCCUGACUGACCAGCUGGCCCACGCCUAUGCCCCCAACAUGGAGCGCUUUGAGGCUAUGCUGCACAACAUGCAGUCCUGGACAUCCUGAUGGGGCAGACCCACACGUCUCACACAAACACGUUUACUUAGGCCCCCUACAUACUCCCCGAGUGUUGACUGCACCUGGAAUACCUCUGGGCCCCUAGUUUGUAAACUACAAGUAAUGCCCAUAGUUUUUUCCUGAUCAGGACAUGUGGUUAGGAAAAACUCUUGGCCCUAAUUAUCACUCGUAUGUAUGUAUAUUUUCCCAUUAUAGACCCCGAAAACACACACAGAAAAGCGUGAUAUUUACCCUCACCUAUCCCUGUAGAAUCUCUACUGUAUGCACACACUUCACAAACCCAAUCACAUCGACACCGUCCCACACAUUUCUGGCCCUGGACAGAAACAACCUUUAGCCCCUCCUAGGCACCUAAAACUCCACCAAGCCAACCGGAGGGAAAUGUGGAGAUGGUACCAUAUCGCUUAUUAUGUAAUCCUCCCUCCCUGUCCAAUGUUUCCCCUCUGCUUACCUCCACACGACCUCAGUAUUUCUGCUGCUGCAGCAUGUCCACUGGUCAUAUGAUAUGACACUAAGGCCGCGUUUACACAGGCAGCCCUAUUCUGAUAUUUUUCCACUAAUUAGUCUUUUGACCAAUCACAUCAGAUCUUUUCACAUCAGAUCUUUUUCACAGCUGAUAUGAUUGGUCAAAAGACCAAUUAGUGGAAAAAAUAUCUGAAUUGGGCUACCUGUGUAAAUCCAGCCAAAGGCUUCCUCAAAAGCUUCUUAUUUAUUUUUUUAACCAAAGAAGAGGAUUUGAUGACGUUUCAUCCCACAGACUCUUUUAUUUUUUUUCACUCAUUGGUCAUUGGACCAAUCAGAUCAGCUUUGAAAAAGAGCUGAUGUGAUUGGUCAAAAGACCAAUUAUUGAAAAAAAAUCAGAAUUGGGCUGCCUGUGUAAAUGCAGCCCAUGAGUUCUAACUAUAUACCAUGUCUGCAUUGCCUAGUGCUAAGGGAAGUGAAUAGGAUUUCCUAUUCGUUCUACUAAAGCUAUUAUAGUAACUAUGCCUCAUGUUUGGCUAUUUUAAUGCCUCAUGUUUGGAUGCAUGCAGCAUUUAAUUAGUUUAAUGCCACCUGUCUCUAAUGCUCUUAUUCAUAAUCCGAUUAAACGCUUUUGGUUUGCUGUAUAUUAGUGUACAUUGCUUAUAGUUUGGUGCACAGAUGGCAUUAUGGAAUUGGAAAAGACUGCAUCUCAGGCAAUUUCACUCUUUACGUCACUCGGUCAAGGAAAAUAUAACAAUAUGUUAAUAUUACACAAUAGGGCAUGUGCAUAUCAGAAAUUAUUACUUUUUAUUUGCAAAAUACUUCUGAUGGGUAGUAUGUAGUAAAAUGGAAAUGUUGAAUGAAUGGAGAUUAGAAAAUUGGCGUAUUUUGUACAAGCUUACGCUGUACUGUAGCUGCAUCAGCCAUUCCUAGUUGGACUGAUAGCAUUGCCCUUUGGACGCUUUUAACAGGGUGUUAUAAAGAUAUUGCAACAUCCUCUAUAAUAAUGGCCGUUUGCAAAACAUUGCACAACACAAAAUGUAAUUGAAGGUACUCUCAUACUGUACAUUAUUUACAGCGCCCAGGGGGUCUCCUAUUGCAAGUGACCUUUUCUGGGCAGUACAGUGGAUGGUUGUCUCAACUCCUCUAUGGGUCCCUUUCCUUGACUCCUUUCCUUCAUGACCACAAAUGUCUGAAAGGACCGGGAGGGUUUUCCACCAUAUGGCUUUCACCAGUCUUGUCCUGUCACCUGACAUGUCAGUGAUCAUGGAGGACAGGACAUAAGGAAAGGAAGCUAGUUGACGGUAUUGAGACACGGUCACUAACUCAUGGGAGGCUUAAUUCAGUAAUUAAUUCAGCAGUACUUUUGUAUUAGACUGCAGCUUUACUAACAUUAGCAAAAAACUAACUCGAUAGAGAGUAAAUAAGUAAUAUAUAUUAAUGAAAGGAAACUAUUUAAUAAUUAUAUUUGAUGUUUUUAUUUUUGGGACAACUGUAGACAUUUUUGCAUAAUUGCUUGUUGAUUUGUGUUUUGUAAGCACAUCACUCAUCUGUUUCUAAGUAACGCUUCUGUACUCCGCUGUUUAAAUGAAUCACCUUUGUAAAUUGAGUCUUGCGCUUUGUAAAUUGCCAAUUCCAGUGGCACGACUGCGCUGGAAACUGUUUGACCUGUUGAACUGCUCACAUCUGACUUCAGGGAGCUUUGCAGCCUACGCGCUCUUUCUCUUCUCAAUAAAAAAAUAAAGAAAUAA